AUGUCUUCAACUGGUGCUGCUAGUUCUGCAUACAGAGGAGUCCGCAAGAGGAAAUGGGGAAAAUGGGUGUCCGAAAUUCGCGAGCCGGGAACCAAAACAAGAAUCUGGCUCGGAAGUUUCGAGACACCCGAGAUGGCAGCAGCUGCAUACGACGUCGCUGCGUUGCAUUUUCGAGGACGUGAAGCGAGACUCAACUUCCCUGAACUUGCCAACACUCUUCCUCAACCUUUAAGUAACAAUGCUGAUCAUAUUCGAAUGGCAGCACAUGAGGCUGCUUUGAGUCUCAGAGGCAACAUGUUGGCGCCAUCCGAUAAUAACAGUAGAACUGACAUUGACUCAGGUUCAGGUUUAGUCAGUUCUACUGAUAUGGUGGCGCCAAUGACAGUGAGACUCUCUCCGAGUCAAAUUCAGGCGAUUAAUGAUUCGCCGAUGGACUCUCCUCCGGCGUGGAUGCAAAUGUCACACCAUUUCAUGAUGGAUGAUCAAAGCUACUUGUUUGGGAACAAUGGAUAUGAUUUUGAAGAGAAUUAUGAAUGGGAGGAUAUGCAACAGAGUGAUUCUCUUUGGGAUCCUUGA